CUAUUGUCUACACCACUUAGUUAGACCCCCCAUUUUCCUCUUCUUCCUGCCUCGUCUAGGGUUGUUAUCUCCUCUCUUGUUUGGCAGCUAUUCUUUCCGGUGGUUCCAUAGUUCCGUUGACGCCUUUCCUUAGUUCCUCUCAUUCGAAGUUGUAGGGACAGGGUGUUUUGGUUUUAUAUGUGCUCAACCGCUUUUCUUUUCGUGGCUUAAUCUCUGUGCAAGGUGGAUAUGGAAUGCGUGGUUCAGGGAAUUAUAGAGACACAGCAUGUUGAGGCCUUGGAGAUUCUUCUUCAAGGACUAUGUGGCGUUCAGAGAGAACGAUUGAGGAUCCAUGAAAUAUGCCUCAAGAGUGGUCAACAUCUAGGUACUGUAGCCUCAGAGGUUCGACUGUUGUGUGACCUAGAGCAAGCUGAACCUUCGUGGACUGUUAAACAUGUAGGUGGUGCAAUGAGGGGAGCAGGCGCAGAGCAAAUUUCUGUUCUGGUUAGGUCAAUGGUGGAAAGCAAAACAAGCAAGAAUGCACUGCGCAUGUUUUAUACACUGGGGUACAAGUUAGACCAUGAGCUGUUGAGGGUGGGAUUUUCCUUCAAUUUCCACAGGGGUGCACAAAUCACUGUAACGGUUUCAUCAAUCAAUAAAAUGCUGAAGCUGCAUGCAACUGACGAGGCCGUGCCAGUAACACCUGGUAUACAAAUGGUUGAAGUAACAGCACCUGCAACUGCUGAAACCUACACUGAAGUUGCGGCUGCUGUGUCAUCCUUUUGUGAAUACCUUGCACCGCUUCUCCACCUGUCGAAACCAGGCAUUUCAACCGGUGUUGUUCCUACAGCUGCUGCAGCUGCUGCAUCUCUGAUGUCUGACGGUGGGAGUACAACGUUGUAGUGGGACUGUACUGUUAUCUUUAUAAAUGCACACUUGACAAUAACAUGUGAAAAUUUAACGUAGGAACAUGUGAAGUUCCAUGACCCCACUUGCUUACUUCAUAUAAAGAGAAGUGAAUAUUAAUUUUCACUUGACAAGAACAUGUGAAAAUUUAACGUAGGAACUUGUCUUCGGCCUUCCCAUAAAUCAAUUGAAAUUUGCACCUACCCUUUUGUUUUGUUUUA